AUGGUCUUGACGGUUCUCACCGACGACCAGAUCAAGGCCAUAUUGGCCAAUCUGACCGCCGACGAGUUCGAGGGCUUCAGGAGGACUAUCUCGACAGCGCUCCACGAGUACUCGACCAACACCCACAACAUUGAGGAUGGCACGUACCACCAACCGGAGCGCCUCUCAACCGAUAACCUCAAAACCGGCGCUACGACCUUGUAUAUGCCCUCGGUAGGCCCCCAGGUCGUGACCCUAAGCUCCAGCAAAGCGACCCAGGACCCCUCAAAGCCAAGCAUCCAGCCCACGGGCGCCGUGACCCUCCUCUCCCCCGAGGGCCAGCCCGUCGGCUUCCUCCAUGCAAAGACCCUCACAGCCUUCCGCACCGCCCUCUCCUCGACAUGCCUCCUCGCACGCCGCGGGCAGGUCAAGACCGUCACCGUCUUUGGCGUCGGCCUCCAGGCCUACUGGCACGUCCGCCUGGCCCUGCUCGUCCGCGGGUCGACCAUCAGGCAUGUCCACGUCAUCAACCGCCGCUUCUCGGACCAGGCACGCGACUUCCUCCGACAGUUCUACGAAGUGCCCCAGCACAUCAAGGAGCGCGAGGGGUGGGCCGAGGCGACGUUCGGCAUCCUCACGCCCGGCUACGGGGAAUUCAAGAGACUGCAGAAGGAGCAGAUCCGCGACGCAGAUGUGGUAUACUGCUGCACGCCAUCAACCGAGGACCUGUUCGAGGCUGAAGUGCUGACGAGCCACGAGGGGCGGAGGAAGGGGAGGCUCGUGGCGGCGAUCGGGAGCUACACGCCGCAGAUGAGGGAGUUACCGGAGGGCUUGCUGCUGCAGGCGACGAAGCACGAGAAGGCGCAUUGGCAUUUCCACAAGCAUGCGCCCGAGGGCGGGGCGGUUGUGGUCGAUACGUUGGACGGUGCGUUGAAGGAGGCCGGAGAGAUCAUCGCGGCCGGCUUGCAGCCGACGCAGCUUGUCGAGCUCGGGGAGUUGAUUAUGCUCCGUCGCAUGCGCGAAGAAGAAGCGGAAGACACCGACGCCGAUGCUGACGCAGUGAGCAUUGCGCCCUCGGAGCUCGACAAGCUCGAUUUCUCUGGCACGCCGUCCAUCAAGUCGGCCUUCGUGGGGUCCGACGGAAUGUCUGCGUCGGAUUCGCGGUCGUCCGUCAGCAGGGACUCGGCCACGGGCAGCCACAGCAGCAGGAAGCCGAGCAUGCCGCGCCGGAGCUCGAGCCAGAGAUCGUCUGACAAGCACAAGAAGGAGGACGCGUUGGUUAAGUGGCUCCGAGACGGGACGGUGAUUUACAAGAGCGUCGGACUGGGGCUGAUGGACUUGGCGGUCGGGAUGCAUAUGGUCCAGCUCGCGAGGGAAAAGGGUAUUGGAACCCAGGUUGAGGGUUUCUGA